AUGACAGUCAGCAAGAACAAGAGCCUUAUGAAAGGUGGCAGAAAGGGAGCCAAGAAGCAAGUGGUUGAUUUAUUUUCUAAGAAAGACUGGUAUGAUAUGAAAGCAACAGCUACAUUCAAUAUAAGAAAUAUUGGAAAAACACUAGUCAUAAGAACUCAAGGCACCAAAAUCACAUCUGAUGGCCUCUCAUGUUUUUGAAGUGAGCCUUGCUGAUCUGCAGAAUGAUGAAGUUGCAUUUA